AUGGAAACCAGAUUCUCACCUGCCUCCUCGCCGACCGUCAGGAUGAGCGCCGAUGCCCCGCCCCCGUACCGCCCCCACCUGUCCGACGUCGUCCCUCCAGCUCUCAGCUCCUUCCCUGGCGGCGCCCCCUACCAGACCUUCCCUCAGAUCUACGCUGGCGGCGGAGACUACACCUACUACCACGGACAUCCGGGCCUCACAGGACCGGUGCCGCCUGGGUACCAGAGCGGCCCAGUUGGACUCCCGGUGACGCCGCCAAAACACACAGUGUAUGUUGUGGAGCGACACCAGGACCAAGAUGAAGAUGGUGGUGCUGCCUCGUGUCUGGCGGCUCUGUGCUGCUGCUGCCUCCUGGACGUACUGGCCGACCACUGA